AUGUCGUCUUCAACCUUGCAUACGGCCGCUAUCCCUGCGGUAACGGUCCAGGUGCACGCCUCCAACCUUCUCCAACUACCCGACAAGACUUUGCUGUGCACCUGGUUCGGCGGCUCGCAGGAGGGUCUGCCGGACAUUAGCAUCUGGCUGUCUCGGCAGGAGCCCGGCUCCGACACCUGGUCAAGCCCACAGAAGAUCUCCUCAGACACCAAUCGCAGUUGCCAGAACCCCGUUCUCUUCAGAGCUCCAAAGACAGGCGCCAUCUGGUUGUUCCACACCUCGCAGGAUGCAGGUAACCAAGAUGGCUGCUACAUCAUGUCUCGUACGUCGAGCGAUAAUGGCGUUACAUGGUCAGAGGCACGGAAACCCCUGAAGGGUGUCACUGGUGCAUUCGUUCGCCAACCACUAUUAGUCCUGGUCGAUGGGACUUGGAUUCUGCCUGUGUUCCAUUGUCGGUCAACGCCGGGACAAAGGUGGAUCGGCAACAACGACAUUUCAGCCGUCUUCUACUCUCGAGAUGACGGUGAGACAUGGACUGAAAGUGUUGUCCCUGACAGCGUUGGCGCGGUGCACAUGAACCCAAUUAUCCCGAGCAAGGAGGCCUCAGACUACGUUGCCUUCUACCGCAGCCGUUGGGCAGACAACGUCUACCGAUCCACCUCGUCCGACGGUCUCAACUGGACGGCUCCAAAGCCAACGUCCCUGCCAAACCCCAACAGCGGAAUCUGCGCCGCUCGUCUGCCAUCAGGAAACCUGGCUAUUGUGUUCAACCGUUCUGCGGCGGAAGUGGGGAUGGCCAAGAGGGAAGGCUUGUACGACGACAUCACCCCUGAAGACGACAAGCGCCCCAAUCAAGCGGCGGUCAACGGGAAGACGGCUAUCUGGGGAACUCCUCGCAAGACCUUGACUGUUGGAAUCUCAAGUGAUGAGGGUCUGACGUGGAAGGAGAGAGUUCUUGAGGAAGGUGACGGCUUUUGUAUGACUAAUAACUCGAUAGAGAAGACUAACCGGGAGCUAAGCUACCCGAGCAUCUUUGUGGAUGCAGAAGAGUCUGUGGUGCAUGUGGCCUUCACGUUCCAUCGCCAACAUAUCAAGUAUGUUAGGAUCAAGGACAUCGAGAAAUGGGUUGAGCAAGCAUAG